AUGCGUACUGGUUAUAUGAAUAGUGUAGAAAGUUCGAAUGCUGCAAGCAGUACCGCUGACGAUGAAACAAGCCUUCGCAUGAAGCGUUCAUUCUGUGAAGAAUACGACUGGGACGGAAUUACCGUUCCACGUACGUUGGCUUGUACUGAAACUCAAAUACCAUGUCCAGAUCCAGAAAAUACCAUCGGUGUGACAACACAAAAAUGCAGUUGUGAGUUAAACGGAUGGGAAGGAAAACCGAACACGACAAAUUGUAUUCAUAAAUGGGUUGGAUUGCUGGAUCAAAUGAUAAAUAGUGAUGCACCUGCAGAACAUAUCAGUCGAAAAUGGGUUCAGUUUUUGCAAAAUUCAACUAAUCAAAUGUUGUUUGGUGGUGACUUAGUUGCUAGUGUCGAAAUUGGCAGAAAACUGUUGUCAUUGGCGAGAGUGCAGUAUGCAGUAUUGGAUGACAGAAAGGAACGAUAUGAAAAAGCUGUCGAAUUCACACAGAUGUAUGGUGAAGCAGGCAAUGAAUUGCUGAGUGACCAUGCGACAAAUGUUUGGUUAACUUUGUCGGAUGAUGUUCGAAUACAUAAAGUAUCUUCAUUGAUAUCAGGACUGGAACAAAGUGCUACAUUGUUUGCUGAGUUUAUCAUUGAAAACCAGAAAAAAAUUGAAUACAGCAACUGGGCUUUCGAAGUGCAAGUAAAAAAACCUAUUCUUAUGGCGGUUAGUAAUGUGGGUGAUAACGACAAAUCAAAAUUAGUUCGCCGAUCUCCUUUAUUUGGUGUUAUGUCUUUUACUGGCCCAAAUAUUUCUUCAAGUUCUACUAAUGCUUAUUUUAAUGAGUCCAGUCGCAAUGGAAAUGUCACUUUCAGCUUCUCGCUGUCACCAGUGCUUUUAAUGCCACCAUUGAAAAUACUUUGGCAGUCUACGCAGACUGCAGUUCUCCUGUCUACGCUUGAUGAUUCCGGCCUUUUCGCGCGUCCUCGAUCACGACUCAUUCCGUCGAAUACAAAUCCUCUUGUUUUGGCUUAUUAUGUGUUCAGAUCAGUAGGAGCAUUGUUGAAUAUUAACAAAACUACCAUUACCAACAGUCUCAUAAUUGGUGCUAGUGUAAACGAUCCGGCGAAUUCUAUUCCGUUGCCUGAAAGUUAUCCGGUUAAUUUCAAAUUUUAUCAUAUCAGAACUGAUGGGAUGAGUAAUCCACGAUGCGUUUUUUGGGAUGCUUUCAAGAAAACUUGGAGCAAAGAAGGUUGCAAAACAUUGCGCACAAUGAAUAGUUCAACUGAAUGCUCUUGCACACACUUGACUAGUUUUGCCAUCUUGAUGGACAUAGCUGGUUUGUACGGUCAUGAUGAAGGAUCAGUCGUUAAUCGAGUUUUAAAUCUGACUACCACUGUCGGUUGUAUAUUUUCAAUUGCAUGUCUCGUCCUUACUUCACUCGUUUUCACGUGCUUCAGAUCUUUAUGGAGUGUCCGUCAUAUGAUCCAUAGUAAUUUAUGUCUUUGUUUACUGUUAGCCGAAUUGGUUUUUGUAAUUGGCAUAGAUAGGACUGAAAAUAAAACGAUAUGUCGCGCAGUUGCUGUGAUGCUUCAUUAUCUCUUUCUUGCGGCAUUUUGUUGGAUGUUACUAGAAGGGUAUCAGCUUUAUCUGAUGCUUGUACAGGUUUUCGAAAACGAAGAAGGAAAAACUAUGCUCUACUGUUUUUAUGCCUAUGGCUUCCCAGCUGUUAUUGUUGCUGUUACUGUCGGUGUGGCCUGGUCAAAUUACGGUACCUAUAAAUAUUGUUGGUUGAAUGUAGAAACGCCGACAAUAUGGGCUUUUGCUGGGCCUGUUGCAGUUGUCAUCGUGUCCAAUAUAGUGUUUCUUGGCGUUGCACUGCGAGUGGUGCUUUCGGUGCCUAAUUGUCAUCGAAGUCAUGUGGAACAGAUGUUAGGCUGGCUGAAAGGUUCCGCAUCACUUCUAUGUUUAUUGGGUACCACAUGGAUAUUCGGUUAUCUUAUGGUCAUCCAAGGAGCCCAGACUAUUUUCGCAUAUAUUUUUACCGUGCUCAACUGCUUUCAGGGCGUGUUCAUCUUUGUCAUUCACGUUGUUCUAAAUGAAAAGGUGCGUUUGACGUUACUGCGUUUCUUACGAGUGAAUAUUUGUUGCAUGUCAGAUACCAGCAAUGCAGCAAGUGUUGUAGUCAGCAGUCGUCAAAAGCUUUUUGCUCUAAUGAAGAAUAGUGAUUUAUCUCGUGUAUCUUCACAACCACCCAUACAAAGCGCAAAUUUGAGGAGCAUGAAAAAGAAAAAGAAUGGAUUGUUUGUGGAGAAAAUAUCAUCACGAAUGGACGGCAAGGGAAGUCCGACUACGAUGAUAACUUAUUUAGACUGGAAAAGAAAAGUAAGCAAUGAUUCUGCUAGUAUUCCAUCCGAUGAUUCCGAAAAUUAUGACUGCGAGAAGAAAGAAACUCUACCAGUACCUGCUAACAUUACAACGAUUAUCGAUCCAUCUGGGGAAAAUCCUGAUAUUGAUAGCAAAAAAAACUCUUCUUCAUACGUCGGAAAAUCAGUUGCAGUAGUAGAGAUAGAUUCAGAUCGAAACAGAAAAGGUCUUCCGAACGAUCAAUGAUCAUUGAACGAUUUUGAAAAAUAAAUUCCUG